ACCCUUGGUCUUGAGUACACGCCCAAGUUCGAAAGUGCUUUCGCAAACGAUGACCCUUCCUUCUUCGUAACAUUCUUGGACUUUGUGCCUCAGUUUCGGGAUAUUGCCGUCGAUUGCUUUUCGGAAUUCGUCAAGCAAGAAAAACAGAAGAUGGACGACAAGCUGAAUAUGACGAAUGCACUGAGAACGGUUUCAUGGGACGCUAAUUUCCAGAACUAUAGUGCGGUGCUGAGGAGAGUUGCUCUGCGGCUACGCGAGCUUCACCUCCUCUGGACUGGUCUUCUGCCGACCGCCGUGAUGUUCAGCUUGUUGGCGCACUUCGCUGAUCAUGCGAUCGACUAUGUACUGAGUUGCAUUUUCCGAAUGGAAGAUAUUCCAGAACGUGACUGCGGUCGCUUGAAUGAGCUGCUGGGGAUACUUGUCAAUCAUCUACCGAAGUGUUUUACGGACGAUGACAAAAUUGUGAUUUCUCGUUAUUCCGCCAGAUGGCGCGCCCUGAACGAAAUGUCCAGCUGCCUCAGUUGUGACCUGCAAAGGUUCGCGGACCGUUGGGCUUCCGGCAAUGGUCCUUUGGCAAAAUGUUUCUCGUCUGAUCAAGUCAGGCACCUGAUCCGAGCCGUGUUCCAAAACACGAGGAACAGAGCCGAUGUGCUGGCUCUAAUAAAAUAA